AUGGCGAUUUUAUCAGCAAGCUCUGCUCUAGUGAGAGCUGCUUUAGAUACGAAGCCAAAACUCAGAUACAAUCCAAAUUCGCCGCGUAAUGUGAAGAAAAACCCUAAUUUGAGCUCUUUUGUUCCACCGUCGUCUCCGUCUUCAUCUUCUCCGGCGAUAGUUUUAACAACGGGAACUGACGACGUCUCAGUUUCCGAUUUGUUUAAACGUCCCGCAAGCAAAGAUAUUGGUGAUGAAUUUGAAGAUACUUGUAUUGGAUAUGAGAAAUGGUUCCCAAGUCCACCAAAAGUGGAGAAACCUAGAUCUGUUUUCAAUGCUGCUUCAUUAGCUUAUAUAGGUGAUUCAAUCUACGAGAUAUAUGCUCGUCGGCAUUUUCUUUUCCCUCCACUUAGUAUUGAAGAAUAUAACGAUCGUGUUAGAGCAGUGGUGCGAUGUGAAGCACAAUAUGCUUUGUUGCAGAAGCUUGUUGAUGAUGAUUUCUUAACGAAAGAUGAAAGGGAUAUACUUCGAUGGGGGAAAAAUGUAGGCUCGGUUAAAACACGGUCAACUAGGCGUGCUGGUGUUGCGGUUUACAACAAGGCCUCAUCAUUGGAAACACUUAUUGGGUAUUUGUAUCUAGCAAACGGGAAAAGAUUGGAAGAAAUGAUGCAGAAGCUAGGAUUCUCAAGUGCUUCGUCAACAGAGAAAAUGAUUAAGGAGACCAAGCAUAAACUAUCAGCUUUAAACUAA